AUGACUUCCAAAAGACAAUACAUUCUGUAUCCAAAUAAGGCUUUGCAAAUGGAAAACCAUGCUACCAAUCUAAAUUCAAAAGGAAGGGUUACUUUUACAUCAUCAAAUUGCAACUCACAGCAUAUCAUUGUUAGAAAGCCAGAAAACCGUGAACUAACUCAUAACUGGAUUCUCUCGAUGCAUAAAAAUAUAGCCAAAGUUUCUGAAGUGGAGAUUUCUGUUCCUCCUAGUCUACACAAAUCCCUGUCUGAUUCUAAAGAGUCUUUGAUUAGUUCAAUCAUGGAAGAAUGUGGCAAAGUCUAUAUUCAUUUUCCAAGUAGCAAAUUGGGCCUUCAAAAAGUCAUUAUUAGAGGCCCAGCAAAAAAUGUUGAAAAGACUAGGAAAAAACUUCUACAACUUGCAGAAGAAGAGCAAGCCAAGAGUUACUCUGUGGCUGUGCCUGUAAAGUCAAAAUAUCACCAUUUUCUCAUGAGUGAAAAUGGUGGAAAUCUACAUAAAAUCUGUGAAAAGACGGGGGCACGCAUCAUUUUCCCUACCUUUAAGAACAAGGAUCAAGAAUCAGUAACCAUCAUAGGGACAGAAGAGGCUGUUAAAGAUGUGCAAAAAGAGGUAGAGGUUUUACUGAAAGAUCUGGAGAAUGUGGUGGAAGAUAGCAUACUGAUAAAUGCCAAAUUCCACAAUUAUUUUAUCAUGCAAAGGGGACAGCUUUUACGAGAAAUAAUUAAGGAAUAUGGUGGUGUGUUUAUUACCUUUUCAUAUGCAGGAAAACAGAGUACAAAAGUCACAAUAAAAGGAGCAAAAGCUUGUGUUGAAGCAGCAAAGAAACAUAUUCAGGAGAUAUUUGAGCCCUUGCAUUCUGAAGUCACAACACGGUGUGUUAUUCCCCCCAAAUUCCAUCCUUUUAUCAUGGGACCAAUAUGCUCUAGAAUUCAACAAAUUGCAAGAGAUUGUAAGGUUCAAGUCAAAUUUCCAGACUCGGAAAAACCAACUACAAACACAAAUCUAGAAGUUCAGGAAAAUGGGAAAGCAAAAGAAGAAAAUAACACUGAAGUGUCUGCUUCGACUUCUCUAAACAAAAGUGACACCAUGUCUCUUUCAGACAAAGCAGAAACUAGCACAGCAGCCAUCCAAGCUCCGGAUUCUGUUGCUCCUGUCACUGCUCAAGUCCAAGUACCUUUUCACCUAUAUCCAUAUAUUAUUGGGCACAAAGGAAGUGGGUUACACGAGCUAAUAAAAGAAUUUGAAGUUCAUGUUCAGGUAUCACAACCCGGAGGAAAUUUUCAUAUCAUAUCCAUUAUGGGUCUUGAAGCAAAUGUAGAACAAGCCAAGAUGAAAUUGCAAAAACAAGUAAAAACUUUACAAAUGGAAAUAGAAAACCGGACACUAAGAAAUUUUAGGCAAACAUUCAGUUUAGAUCCCAAACAUCAUUCCAAGAUCUUUGGUAAUAAAGGUAUACUUAUUUCCCAGAUUUGCACAGAAUAUAAUGUCACUGUUCAUUUUUCAAAUAAAGUAAGAAAUCCCAUGCAAGAUCAAAUUACCAUUUCGGGUUCUAAAGACAACAUCCUAAGAGCACGAGAUGCAAUAAUGAAACUGCUGCGUAAGAUUGAAAAAACAGUGUCCAAGGAAAUCCCACUUAACCAUCAAGUUUGUUCCAAUAUUAUUGGAUUUGGUGGACAAUCCAUCCAUAGAAUCAUGGAAAAAUUCCAAGUAGACAUCCAUGUACCUUCAAAAGGAAUCUGUACUAAUUCUAGCAUCAUUGUGAGUGGAUCAGCCUGUAAUGUACAAGAUGCAAUUGACUAUAUCUUGGCUCUUGAGAAACAUUUCCUGUCUGUUGGAAAGAAUGAAUCUUCACUGGAGCAUGUUAAGUGUGGUGGUUCUGGCUCCAUAGCUGCAAAAACACCUAAGAGUUUUAGGAGAAGAAAUGCUCUUCAUCAUGCAAAAUCCACCCCACAUCCUCCACAUGUGGACAAUUCUGAAGAUUUGCCCAAACUGAAACAUCAAGUGUCUCCUAAACCUCAUCCUUGGAGACCAUAA